AUGAUCAAAAUACAUUCGAAUCUAAUGAUAGCCGUACGGGGUCAAGAGGAGUCACCCGUAGUAGAAGAACCCGCGAAUCCUCCGCUUCUCAAACAGCAACGCCAACGCCAUUUCAAUCCUAUAGAGACCAUUCUAGUUACACUCGUCACAAACAGCAGCAACGGUGUGAUGGAUUCUUUGGAGAAAGAAUUUCAAUUAUUUUUUUUGUCGUUAAAAAAACAAAACCCAUUAGCGGAGUGUAAAAGUGUCAUCUGUAACCAAUUACAAGAAUUUGAACAUCGGCCACCUUUACAGAAAAGGUGCCUCCAUCGUAUUCCUAUCUUAAUGGUAGCUGCUUUAUUUCUUUGGUAUAAUGAUUUGCAUUGGUUCUUAAGUGCAAUUGGACGCCUUUUUCUUAUUCAAUUGACACCCUAUUGGAAUUGGUCGCCACUAUAUAAUGCAAAAUGUUUGCUUCAAACUGGGGAUAACCCUACGACAAUGACAGUUCCUGUGGCUUUAAGCUUUUCUGAGGUGGACGACGAAAACUGUGUUCUAUGUGAAUUUAUUGAUUUUAUUCCCACGGUAUCGAACGUUACAUUCUUCUUUAUACAGCAACAUUACUUGGAAUCAGCUGUACCGGUUAUUAUAACGGAUUCUCAUCAGCUUGUACGGGUUCAACACUUAUUUGACGUAAUAUUUUUGAAAUCGAGUAAUUUUUUGAAAAAUCAACCUUGCGAUGUGUCGACAAACCUCCUUACAAAGAAGUUCUUUAAUGUGGAAGCGGCAUUGAUUAAAGCCGCCAAAUUGUUAAAAUUCGAUAAGAAGUGGUUUUUGCAAAUCAGAAACUGUGAACUUGAGGCAGUGAAAUUAGCCAGAGCCUUUAUACUACGUCCUUACUAUUAUCCCAAACAUUUAUCUCCUGCUUACACUACAUGGUUGUUGAUGUCUCAUAACUACCGAAGCAAAGAAAUGCGAAUUUUACGCAAUAAGGGUUUAAUUAUUAUGCAACAAUUACUGGGUGACUUAGUGGUGAAAUUGAGAACCAAAGAACCAUGUAUUGCUAACUGUCCGAACAUGCAUUUGUUACUAAAACAAGGCGAGAGCUUAAUAUUUACUACAGACUUGUGGAUACUAAGCUACGGUUUUACUACGGAGUUUUCUUCGAAUGCAACGAGUGUUACCACUAUCAUGGAAAUUGAAUGGGACAUUUGAGAUGAAAAUAUUUAAAAUAUUAAAAAAAAA